GUGGGUUGUAAUAUAUUCUUAUUUAAAAAGGAGUUUCAGUUGCUUUAUCUUUUGGAUCUGCAUUUCCUUUGAACGGCCAAGAAUCGAAAGGCUAUUUUGUUUCGGAGAAACCAACGCCAGAAUGUCACAAACAUUAUAUUUGCUACUUUUGUGUGGACUUUUCGCCUCAGCUUUGGCUACAUGUCCAGCUAAAUGCUCCUUACCAACUUACGAUUGCACACAACCAUUUCCUGACUGUCUGUCAAAGGGGGCCACUGUUGUGUGUGUUGAAAAUUCUAAAUUUCAAUGUGUUAUAGAAGUUCCACGUUCUGAUCCAAUUUGUCCUCAGUGUAAUGAGCCUGGUUAUAAAUGUACCGGAAUAUAUUUAGUCGACAACUGCACAGAUAUGUUAUACGUAUGUCCAGACAGGAGCAUGUCCAUUUAUUACUGCGUUGAAUACGAUAAAUCGACAAAACCAGCUAUCACAACGACAUCCCUUCCCACCACUACUACCACCGCACCGGAACCAACCACCACUCCUAAACCGACCACCACCCCGGAACCGACCACUACUCCAGAACCGACCACCACCCCGAAACCGACCACCACCCCGGAACCGACUACCACCACCACUAUGCAAACGACUACCGUGGUGUUACCGACCACCACGACAGAAAUGCCAGGUAAUCAAUGUAUAAGAAUUCCAGGACUUUUCCUACCUAUUCCUAACUUUUGUCUACCGAAAACGCCUGAUGAUAAAUGCCCAUAUGCUGUCUUCGAGAAGGACCCGAUUCAUCAGUGUGAAAAUAAGAACUUAGCAUGCUGUGUCCUAAAAAAGAUUCUCACACCUAAUGCAGCGAUCCUUCAGUUUUUCUAA